GGACCAGAGUUAUAUGGAUCGCACAUGGAAACUUACAUCAAAAUGGCGAGCUGAGUUAAUCGAUAGAUUGAAGGUUAUUUCAAAUUCUAUUGUGAUGUUUCAUAAUGAUUCAAUGCUUUCAUGGGAAUUUUAUGGAAGCGACUUUUUAUCGUGGGUUUGGAUUGAUAUGAAAACUGCCAAGAUUUCUGAGGAUGCUGUGGACAGAGCUAAAGCUGCCGGUGUACCAGUUAGGAGUGGGAAACCUGGGUAUAAUAGACCGACUUAUGUUAGAGUGGCAGUUAGAGAGCCUUUAAAAGUUGAUUUUUUGAUUCAGGCCUGGAAAAAUCUUGGGAUCCAAUGA